CCCCCUUUUUAUCUCCCAAAACCCUCCCUUCUGCCCCCCAACCCCUCAUUUUACCCCCCCAAACAACCACAUUUCCCCACUUCUCCCCCCACAGUCAGCACUCGAUGGUUAUCACGUCUGCAUCUUUGCCUAUGGGCAGACGGGCAGCGGCAAAACCUACACUAUGGAGGGGCCAGAUGCUUUGGACCCCGAGAGGAGGGGGAUGAUCCCCAGAGCAGUGCACCGCGUCUUCCAGGGAGCACAGGAGCUGGCAGAGAAAGGCUGGCAGUAUCGUUUCAGCGCCAGUUUCCUGGAGAUCUACAACGAAUCCCUGCGGGAUCUGCUGGGCGCUCGGGCGGAGCGUGGGGAGCUGGAGAUCCGCAGGGUCAGCUCAACCAGCGAGGAGCUGCACGUCCCCAACCUGCGCUGCGUCCCCGUGGCCUCCGAGGACGAGGUGAAUGACAGAAACCUGCUUUUAUAUCAUAGAAUCACAAGGCUGGAAAGGACCUGCAGCAUCAUCCACUCCCACCUUCCCCCAUUUCCCCUUGCUCAGCACUAAACCACCUCGUAGCUC